AUGUCCGGACCCAAGCUGAAGAUCACAACAGAAGAAUUCGAUGUUUUCUUCGUCGACCUUGCUACGCAGGAAGGUCAGGAUGACAGGCCUGCUCAGCGCGUCGGUGGAGACCUCACUGUCAACGUCAACCGCGAAAACGUGUACUUCUACCUCGACUACAUCCAGGGGCUGGCCAGUGCAAAUGCUGUUGCUAGUGGAUCAGGCCAUUUUAGAGGUCCAGAAAUUCCGCGAAACUUAGGACGACGAGGAACGUUCCGCCUGGUCUUGGAGAACAAUAGAAAGAAUGUGACUCUACUCAUACAAAACGAUAGCGGAGCAGUUCUCCAUACAUACAGAGGCACGGGUAACGUCGAUGCGGGUCUCGUCGGGACCUGGACAGGCAGUAACGAUGGUCUCAUUUUCAAUCAUCAUCAUGCGUUCGCUUGUAAAUCUGGUGACAAACCAGGUGGUUUCAAGAGACAAAGCACGGUGGCAUGUAACCAAGACAGUGGCAAAGCGUGGACAAUAGCCUUGUCCAUGCCUCGCUUGGACUACCCGGCGGCACUUGUACCACCCGGCGCUUGGACCACCUUGCCUCGACGUAUAAAUACCCCCCUGCAGCCUCUCGUUCCUCCAACAACAGCAAUCAUCGCCCACUUGUCGCGCGUCGCACACAUCCUCAUCAUUGCACCGUCAGAUGCGCCCAUCAAUCCUCCGCCAUGCUCUCUUCGCUGA